AUGGCAUUUGGUGCAUCUGGAGGUCGUGGUGGAUUCGGCGGAGGUCGAGGCGGCGCCCGUGGAGGCAGGGGCGGCGGUGAUCGUGGCGGUCGCGGGGGAGGCCGAGGAGGGCGAGGUGGGCUCGGUGCCCGAGGUGGAGGCGGGGGCCGCGGGGGUGGACGAGGUGCAGCCGGAGGCCGAGGCCGAGGUGCGGGAGGUAGGGGCGGAAGGGGUGGCCGCGGAGGUGCCAAAGGUGGUGCAAAUGUCAUCUUGGAACCCCAUCGUCACCCAGGUGUCUUUGUCGCAAAAGGCAAGGAGCACCUAUUGGUCACCCGCAAUCUCGUACCAGGAGAGUCUGUCUAUGGCGAGAAGCGAAUCUCCAUUGAAGGCCCCGCUGAUGACGCAGGAGUGCCAGCCAAGACUGAAUACCGAGUAUGGAAUCCUUUCAGGAGCAAGCUCGCAGCUGGUAUUCUUGGUGGCCUCGACGAUAUCUACAUUGCUCCUGGAAAAAAGGUACUCUAUCUUGGUGCCGCGAGCGGUACUAGUGUGAGCCAUGUUGCCGAUGUUGUUGGUCCAGAAGGCACUGUUUAUGCUCGGACAAAUGUAAUUCCCAUUGUCGAGGACGCUCGCUACCCUAACAAAUACCGCAUGCUCCUGUCUCUUGUGGAUGUUGUCUUUGCAGACGUCGCCCAGCCGGAUCAGGCCCGUAUCGUCGCCUUAAACUCCCACCACUUCCUCAAGAAUGGCGGCCAUGCGGUCAUUUCUAUCAAGGCAAACUGCAUUGACUCGACCCAGCCCGCCGAAGUUGUAUUCGCAUCUGAGGUCAAAAAGCUACAGGCGGAAAAAUUCAAGCCGCUUGAGCAACUUACUCUUGAGCCAUACGAAAGAGACCACGCCAUGCUGAUCGCUGAAUACAGAAGACACGUUUGA